AUGCCUGGUGGAAAGGGAAAGACUGGCGGCAAGACCGGUGGCAAGGCAGGCGAUUCUAGCAAGACGCAAAAAUCGCACUCGGCAAAGGCCGGCCUGCAGUUCCCCUGCGGUCGUGUCAAGCGUUUCCUCAAGUCGCACUCGCAAAACAAGAUGCGUGUCGCCGCAAAGGCAGCCGUCUACGUCACCGCCGUCCUCGAAUACCUGACUGCCGAAGUGCUCGAGCUUGCCGGCAACGCCGCAAAAGAUCUCAAGGUCAAGCGCAUCACGCCUCGCCACUUGCAGCUCGCCAUCCGUGGUGAUGAGGAGCUCGACACCCUUAUCCGCGCCACCAUCGCCUUUGGUGGUGUCCUUCCAUCCAUCAACCGCGCUCUGCUGCUCAAGGUCGAACAGAAGAAGGGAAAGAAGGACGUUGCAUAG